UAGUGAGGACAACAACUUGUGAUGACACUUUUUCACGCGUUUGUCUUUGUUGCAAACGGAGAGAGAGAGAGAGAGAGAGAGAGAGAGAGAGAGAGAGCUCCACAUCUUUGUUGCUAUAACUACCCUCUGUUACGAUAGGCUGAAGCCGUCUGCAGGCGACAAAACACGGAUCCACUACAGAUGCUUUUCAUAUAGUUUUUUCCCCCCUUCCAGACAUUUAGCUACACUAAAGGAGAAGAUGAUGUCCAGGGUGCCGUCGGGAGAAAUCCGAAGAAAAACUACAAACAGAGUCUAAAGAAACCAUCCCAUCCUUAUCCGUUUUCUGGAUCUCAAACUUCACAAAGAAACUAUUUUACAGUGUUCAUUCUGAUUGCAUGUAUUUGGAAAGAGAGAGAGAGAGAGAGAGAGAGAGAGAGAGAGAGAGAGAGAGAGAGAGAGAGAGAGAGAGAGAGAGAGAGAGUGUGUGUCAUCUUUUCCAUACUGACCCUUUUGGCUCUCAAUCUGUCAGAUCCUCCUGGUGCGACCGUGUGUGUGUGUGAGAUUGAGACCUGGUGUGUGUCAGGAGGCUAUGGUGAGGCAAUGUGCACAGGCUGGUGUGAGGAGAGAUGUACCAGCGUCAGUGGAAAACAACGGAGAGGUAAAGGAGUGGUUCUUCAUUCAUGGCUGCGCGUCUCACUGUUGUUCUCGGCUCUCUGGGGCCAAGCGUCCCCCCAGUGCCCAGACCGCUGCCACUGCGCCUGGGACACGGCCACGGUGCUAUGCUCAGACGCCGGGCUGCGGGAGAUCCCAGAGGGGAUCCCUCCAGAAACUGUCUCCCUCCACCUGGAACGCAACUACAUCCGGAACAUCCCCGAGACUGCCUUCAGCGAUCUGGUCCACCUGCGGGACCUUUACCUGUCCCACAACCGCAUCGACUCGCUCGCCUCGGGAGCCCUGCGGCAUCUGGGCCCCGAGCUCCGCCUGCUGGACCUCUCACACAACCAGCUGAGGCAGGCCAGCAGAGAGGAGUUUGGCUCCACUCGUGCAAAGACGCGCCUCUACCACAACCCCUGGCACUGUGACUGCACCCUUCAGGAGCUGAUGGAGACUCUGAACCUAGAGCCCGAGACGGUGAAUGGGAUUGUGUGUGAGAGCUCUGUGAGGGUGGUGGGUGAGGGAAGCAGGUGGGAGGACCCGGGGUCCCAGGGUGAGCACGCCGGUCAACCGCUGGUCAAACUGUUGGAUUCUGGGAUGAAUUUCUGCAGCCUGCAGAGGAAAACCACUGAUGUAGCCAUGCUGGUGACAAUGUUUGUAUGGUUCUUCAUGGUCAUUGUGUAUGUAGUGUACUAUGUGAGGCAGAACCAAGCCGAGACCCGCAGGCAUUUGGAGUACCUGAAGAGUUUGCCCAGCCCACGCAAGACCCCUACAGAGACAGAUACUCUGAGCACUGGUUUCUGAAGUCCUGCUCGGCUGUAAUUUAAAUGGAAUAAUACUCAAAUGGCAUUUUUAUGGACUGAUAAACUUCAAAAUGCUGUGUGGAGUUACUGAAAGAUGCUGAUCCAGGGGAUAUGAACUUUUUACAGCUGUGAACAUUUCUUUAUAUGUGAGCAUCCCCACCAUGUUUUUCUUAAUAAUUCUUUACCUAUUGCAUUUUUCUCAUUUUAAUAGAAGAUAUUUAUGAAGUAAUUCUAUGUGCAAUGGGAGAAAAGAGUGAGACAAAGAAAGACAAUUCUUUGAACUUUAUAAUCUUCUAUCUCCCUCUGUAGGCUAGUCCAUUUUUCCUUCUCUUUUCUUCUCUAACAAAGCCCAAUACUAUGGUCUUUUAUCUUUCAUUAAGUUUUAAUUAGGAGUCUUUGACCAAUUGACCCUUGAUGAACACUUAAAAGCCAAUAAUCAGCUGGAGGGUGUGUACUGUAUCAGGUCGAAAAGGAGAGUGUGCAAACUCAAAUGUGUGUCCGUAUCUAAUUGCCUGUUUCAUUUGUGUGCGUGUCUGUGCAUAUGUGGAGUUUUUGUGCAUUGCUAUGGGCCAUUUAUACUUCGAUUAUUAUUUUUUUUGCACAUGUGCUAUUUAAGCCUUUCCCAAUACACGGUCACAAAGCCAGUGGUUUCUGUGCCAAUGGAGAACUGCUGAUCUAAAUUUACUCUCAGGAAGCAAUUAGAGCUGGAGGUGAGCUGUUUUGUCUCCAAACUGCAGCAAUCAGCUCUUAAAUAUCUGGACAGCUUAGUGUACACACAGCUUGUCACUGAUUGGUACAACAAAAUUUCAGCCAGAUUUAGAAAUUGUUGGCAUAAAUUAGAUUAAUGUAGCCUGUUAUCUUGAGAGAAGCUGUUAGUUUAGCUUUAAUUAAUCUCGAGUCCUGCUUUUCAGUCCUCUGCACUGAUUGGUGCAUACAAAUAGUUCUGUCUCCCAUUUUCCACAUAGGCUUUUGUCAUUAUUGAUUUUUAAGCCACUGUUAAAAUAAGCAAAAACACUUAGAUAAUAAAUGGAAUCCUUUCCUCAGUACAUUAAAUGCCUUCUAUUUUAAGAUUAAUGCCAUUCCUGACUUACGUAUACUGUACGUGCACUGAUUAUGGGACCACUCCUGACUGGAUUAACAGCCACCUGUUUUAAUUUCAUAUUUACUUUGGCAUUAUUCUCUGAGGGGAGGGAUUUAUUGUGGUUAAUGUAUGUUACAUUUGGAAACUAAAAGGCCUCUCUCAAAACUAACGACAUUCCCAUCACACUCAACUGUACUUUGUGUUUAUGUUAAAUGUUAGCAUGCUAACACACUAAACUAAGAUGGUCUUAUCCAACAUUGUUCCUGCUAAACAUAAGAAUGUUAGCAUUGUCAAUGUGAGCAUGUUAGCAUGCUAAUGUUAGCAUUUAGCUCAAAGCACCACUGUUCCCAAGUACAGCCGCCCAGAGCCGCUAGCAUGACUGUAGACUGUUAUUUAUGUGUCUUUAAUCUGUGACAGAUCAAAGUGUACAGUUACAACCUUCUAAGUGUUCAUAGAUUGCUGUGUAGUGCUGUUCCCCAUUUUAUCGCUUCUGGGCUGAGGUGAAACCUAGAAUAAGACAACUUUAUGUGUGCUGUAACUUGCUUAAUGUGGUGUGUGUGCUUUUUAAUUUGCAGAGAAAGACUGGUUGAAGUUUGUGUUGUUAUAAAUACAGUAUAAAUACUGUGUAUUAGCGCUAGAAUCAGUUAAAACUUUAGUACAACAAUGUUGAUAUUGUUAUUAUAACUGGUCCAUAAAACCUGGUCUCAGGUGGUAGACCACAGGCCAAAAGAUUGGAAUAAGAAUUUGAUAUUUGUUCUGUUAGUGGAUCAACUUGUGAAGCACUGUGUAGAUUUACAUAAUCAGAAUAUUUACUGAAUGUUACUUGUCUGUCACAAAUCAAUCUAAUGUUGAUGUAUCUAAGUUCAGUUUCCCUAAAUGAAUAUCUAACCAUUAAUGGUAUCUCUAACCCACUUUGGCUCAUAACAAGGUACAGUGAUCCUGUGAUAACCCGAAACUCAAGAACCAAGCAUGCCCUCUGUGUGUAGUUUUCUUCGUAGGUAUUGUCUUUUAUUGGUGAUGUAUUUCUGUCACAGUGCUUCUGUUUUUUUGUAUGCCAAUAAUUAUUCAAACAAGGAUAAAGUCAUAGAUCGGAAACCAUUACAUUUAAUAAUACGUGAUCAAUCGAAAAGUUCUUUUAGGAAAAACCAACAACAAAUAUAUAAAAAAUAAAACAAACGUUGCUCUACUUUGUUCAUAGAAAUGCUUCUACCUUUUAUUGCUACUGUAGGUUGAAAAAAGGCAAGAUGAUGAAGAGAAGUAGUAGAAGUACAGGAAACUAUCAAUUCACAGAAUGAGCUGAUCAUGGUUGGCAGUGUUCCAAUUUCUACUCUACCAUGCUUUAAACAAAAGGAAAUGAUUGAAAAACUAUUUUACAUAUAUAAAAGUACAUGAUAUGAACUUUCACCACCUCCACCUUUAACUUUUUCUUUGUUUUUCACAAAUCACCAUCAACAAAAUCAAAAUGCCCCCACACUCAUUCUCUCCACUGCCCUUUCUUGAAAUCUGAGGUGUUUCUCCCCCUUGGAAUAUAUGUGGAUAUCACCACAAAAACACACAGUGGCAGCAGGGAACAGUGACAUGUUUUUUUCUUCCUUGCGGAAGAGUCAAAACCACUGGCCCAGAUAUUUCAACAUGGGGGAGAACAAAACAGGGUAUAAAUAAAAAGCAACUUCAGCCUGUUA